AGCGACUGGAAUUUAAAGCCUCCUGACACCUCGUCCUGAAUCCUGUGCUUGCCUGAUCUAGUCCUUCCCACCACCGGAACAGACAACGCCAGCCGGCGGACCUCGUGGGGCGUCCCCAAUCGCAGCCCCGCGGCCGAGGACCGAAAGGACGGAGUUGCGGCUUCGCCAGCGCUCUGGACCCGGCCCUGAGGCUCCCGGGAGAGCCAGCGGUGAGCUGCGGAGGGCCGCGGCCCGAGACGCGGAGGCCGCGCUCAGCUCUCCACCCAGCCAACCCCCAGGUCUCCGGCUGCAACUGGAAGCUGUGAGCCGGCUGGCCGCCGCCUGGCCCAACUCGCGCUGCUGCCAGGGCCCAGGUGCGCGGCCGCGUUCCCACGCCUGGGCCCGAGCAGGGCGGCGGGGAUUGGCCAGCGCGGCCCCGCCCCUCCGGUUCAGCCAAUAGCGAGCCACGCCGGCGCACGAGGAGGUGGGGCUCUGCGCGUUGGGGGCGUGGCCGGCGCCGGCUCAGGCUGCGGCGCGGGGCUGCGGCGUGGGAAAGAGCUGCAAGGAGGCGAAGGCGCCGCGCUGCCCCGCGCUGAUCUGGGUGGAGGAGGAGGUAAGGGGCGGCGCGAUGAAGCGCCCUUGCGAGGAGACGACCUCUGAGAGCGACAUGGACGAGACGAUCGACGUGGGGAGCGAGAACAAUUACUCGGGGCAAAGUGCUAGCUCUGUGACCAGACCAAAUUCUCCAACAACAACAUCUCAAAUUAUGGCAAGAAAGAAAAGAAGAGGGAUUAUAGAGAAAAGGCGUCGGGAUCGGAUAAAUAACAGUUUAUCUGAGUUGAGACGGCUGGUGCCAACCGCUUUUGAAAAGCAAGGGUCUGCAAAGUUAGAAAAAGCUGAGAUACUGCAAAUGACAGUGGAUCAUUUGAAGAUGCUUCAGGCAACAGGGGGUAAGGGCUACUUCGAUGCCCACGCUCUGGCCAUGGACUUCAUGAGCCUCGGCUUCCGAGAGUGCCUCACCGAGGUGGCCCGGUACCUGAGCUCCGUGGAAGGCCUGGACGCCUCCGACCCACUGCGCGUGCGCCUCGUCGCGCACCUCAGCACGUGCGCCACCCAGCGGGAGGCGGCGGCGAUGACGUCGUCCGCGGCGCACGCGCACCCGCACCUGCACGCGCACCCGGCGCGCGCCCUCGCUGUCCGCGGACCGCGUCCUCCCGGAGAGCCCCCGCGCGCCGCGAAGCGCGAGGACCCCGCCGAGGGCGGCUGCGAGCCGGGAGCC